AUGGCCAAUGGUGAAUCAGAAAUACUCUCUGCUCGUCUAUAUCAGCCGCUUCUUUCCAACUCCGCUGCCGACGUAGCUCCUUGUUCAAAUGGCGGGAACAAGAACCGCUUCUUUUUGUCAUUGUCGAAAUGGGUUCUCAAAUUUACAAUGUGGUUAAUUUUCAUUGCAUGGGUUGCUCUCUUUUUAUUAGUACCUACGGAUCUUGGGACUACUCUAUCUAAUGAUUGGCUUGCUGCUACUGGUGGAACUCUAUUUGGAGACAGUGGGAGUGUAUUGCUGUUAUUCAGCGGUCCAAUUUUGGCUAUCGCUUUACUUGCUUUUCCAUAUAUCAUUAUUGUUGGGGAAGAAGAACAACAGCUUCAAGAGAAGAAGAAGCCCCCUCGAUUCAACUUAUGGACCUUUCCUGUUCUGGUGGAUGGACCAUUUGGAGUUGUCUCUGCUGCCGAAUUGAUCGGCAUUAUUCUCUUUAUUGUAUUUGUUCUCUGGGAUCUGUAUGCAUUCACAGCAGUGAACGUUAGGCUGUUAGCCACCUACGAUGAUUUGAGCCUUGGAGAAACAAGAUUAAUGUUUCUGCACAAUUUGGCGCGUAAUCUUGGACAGAUUGGCUUGGUUUGCUUGACAUUUUUGUUCCUGCCGGUUGCAAGGGGAUCAGUUCUAUUUCGCCUUAUAAAUAUUCCUUUUGAGCAUGCUACGAGGUAUCAUGUGUGGCUGGGAAAUCUCGCAAUGCUGCUCUUUGCGAUCCACGGCCUGUUAUAUGUAUUGAUAUGGACAAUUAAGGGUUGUGUCCUUAGUCAAAUAUUGGAGUGGAAGGAUACUGGUGUUGCCAAUCUUGCAGGAUCAAUUAGCCUUAGUGUUGGUCUGUUGAUGUGGAUCACAACACUUCCUCCGGUCAGAAAGCUAAAUUUUGAGUUGUUCCUCUACACUCAUCAGCUAUACGUCAUCUUCGUGGUCUUUUUGGCUUUGCACAUUGGUUAUCUCGUUUUUCCUACAGCUGCAGGCCCCAUAUUUAUUUUUGUUCUUGAUCGUUUUCUGAGGUUCUGUCAAUCACGAAAGAGUGUUGAUAUAAUUUCAGCCAAGUGCCUUCCAUGUGGAACUGUAGAGUUGGUCCUCGCAAAACCCGAAAGUUUGCGGUACAACGCCCUCAGUUUUGUCUUUGUUCGAAUUUGGGAGCUAUCAAGGCUGCAAUGGCAUCCUUUCAGUGUUUCGUCCAGUCCUAUGGAUGGUAAACAUCAUAUAUCUGUUUUGAUAAAGGCUAUUGGGAAAUGGACUGAAAAGCUAAGAGAUUCUGUCUUGAAAAAUUUGGAGCUACCUUGCACAAAGUUAACAAUUUCUGUUGAGGGUCCUUACGGGCAUGAAAAACCGUACCACAUGAUGUAUGAAAAUCUCAUCUUAGUAGCAGGUGGCAUUGGGAUUUCACCUUUCUUGGCUGUCUUAAGUGACAUUCUCCACUCUGUUAAGGAAGGAAAACCUUGCCUACCAAGAAAUAUUUUACUUGUCUGGGCAGUCAAAAGAUCAGAUGAGCUUUCUCUUCUUUCAACCAUUGGCAUGGACUCAACUAUCUAUCCAUCUUUCUCUAAUAAACUAAAUCUUCAGGCCCAUAUUUACGUUACUCGGGAGUCUGAAUUUCCAUCGGAACAUGGUGAAGUUGGAAAUGGUACUGCAGAUUCUUCUGAUCUAUGUCCCAUGUCCAAAAGGUCUGGAAUGUCCGUUUUGGUUGGUACUGGACAUAAUGUAUGGUCUUGCCUGUAUGUUAUCUCAUCUACUUUAGGCUUUGUCAUCUUGUUGGGUUUGUUGGAUUUCUUCUACAUCAACCCUUUUGAUAUAACUUCAUGGUCAUACAAAGGAUUUCUAUUCUUAGCCUGUAUGGUCGCAAGUGUCUUCAUCUUUGGUGGUCUGGUGGUUUGUUUAUGGCAUCUUUCGGAGAAAAGAACUUCAGCAGAGGAAAAAUGUGAGGAUGAUGAAUCAAAUUUUGGUAAGAUUGAGCACACAGAAACUGUAACUUACAAUGUUGCACACCAGGAAAGUCCUGCAAGUUUAACCAGGAGCAUUCGUUAUGGUGCAAGGCCAGACUUUAAAGAAAUUUUUGGAAGCGUAUCAAAGAAUUGGGGCCAUGUUGAUGUGGGUGUCAUUGUGUGUGGUCCUCCAACUCUUCAAUCAAGUGUAGCUAAAGAAAUCAGGUCACAAAGUAUAAGAAGACAAUCUGGAGAUCCUAUCUACCAUUUCAACAGCCAUAGCUUUAGUCUGUAAUAUACCUUGCCCCCUCUAUCUUUAUUGUUUGAAGUACUCAAUUAGCUUAACUAGAAGCUAUAAACUCUCAAUAUUGCAGCAAUAUUAGGGUUUUAGUUGUUUGAUUCACAACUCUUAAGAUCAUGACAAUAGUUCAUAGUCUUGUUGGUAAUUAUCUUGGGAAUGUUGCGAGUUUUCCUUUGGCUUCUGCUCACCCACUCGGGUGGGUAGAAGAAUCUUCGCUCGUACCAAGCAUUGGAAAUCUUAUGUCUUC